GGCCUGAAAGCGCACGGAACCCGAGCAGGUGAGCUGGGGAGCAGGGACCAGGGAACCCCGGGCAGGUGAGCUCGGGAGCAGGGAUCAGGGAACCCCGGGCAGGUGAGCUGGGGAGCAGGGACCAGGUGAGCGGGGGCCAGUGCACCCGGCAGAGGGGGACGGACAGCCCUGGGGCAAACUGAUGCUUAUCUUGGUGCCAGUGGGCGAGCGGGCAGGACUGCCUUCCUGCUUUUUUAAAAUAUAUUUUUAUUGCUUUCUGAGAGGAAGGAAGGGGGAGAGAGAAACAUCAAUGGUGAGAGAGAAUCAUGGAUCGGCCGCCUCCUGCAGGCCCCACAGUGGGGAUGGAGCCCGCAACCUUUGCACGUGCCCUGACCGGGAAUCGAACCCUGACCUCCUGGUUGACAGGUGGAUGCUCAGCCACUGAGCACUCCGGUUGGACUUGCCCUCCUUGUGUAGAGGAGCACGUGCUAAAGCGGGGCCUGCGCUAGGGCGGGGAAGGGAAGGUGUGUCCGCGCCCCCCCCCCCCGCCCCUCCUGCUGCCUCAGGGUAUGAAGGCCAGGCCUCCCGCCAGCCCAGACCUUUCGCUCAUGGACAGUGCAGAGCUGGGAGGUCACCAGCAGGCUUCCCCUUCCUUCCAGAGCACAUUUCUGCCCCACCUGCCCCUGCCCCCGCAGCACACCUGCUUCCAUCCACCACCACCCCCAACCCCACCGCGCCCAAGUCAAGCCAACCCGCCCGCCUUCCUCCUCGGACCCGGGACCAUGAGCGCCUCCAGGCUCUACACCUUGGUGCUGGUGCUGCAGCCUCAGCGCGUGCUCCUGGGCAUGAAGAAGCGGGGCUUCGGGGCCGGCCGCUGGAAUGGCUUCGGGGGCAAAGUUCACGAAGGAGAGACCAUCGAGGACGGGGCCAAGAGGGAGCUGCAGGAGGAGUGCGGGGUGACCGUGGACGCGCUGCACAAGGUGGGCCACAUCACGUUCGAGUUCGUGGGGGAGCCCGAGCUGAUGGACGUGCACAUCUUCUGCGCGGACAGCGUGCAGGGGACGCCCACGGAGAGCGAGGAGAUGCGGCCUCAGUGGUUCCCCCUGGACCAGAUCCCCUUCGCCCACAUGUGGCCAGACGACAGCUACUGGUUUCCCCUCCUGCUCCAGAAGAAGAAGUUCCAGGGCUACUUCAAGUUCCAGGGCCAGGACACCAUCCUGGACUACAGGCUGCGCGAGGUGGACACGGCCUAGCGGCAGGACCACGCGUGCCCCUCCGGCCGCAGUCACAGCCGCACUGCACGUGGGCCCACCGGGCGAACCACGCCUGGGUUUUUGUGUUUGGAACGUGAGUGGAUGGGAAGGAAAAUAAAUGUCUUUCACCUUUUCA